AGACGUUAAAAGCGUUGUGUUAAUUUCCUCGUCUCUGUGCGGUAGUUUCUUGCACAGCAUCCUGUCAUCUAUAUGGAAAAAUAGGACGGUUUUAUGCGUCGGGAAAUUCUAUUACCAGCCUAAAGAGCACGGGUUGCUGAAUAAAACUAAGUGUUGUGCUAAACCAAAACAACAGCCACAAGGAAGAGUCUCCGAAAUAAUUAGUUCAUCGACCAGGAUACCAAUAGGAAGUGUAUUGAACGACAUUCUACACAGAAGCAAGUGGAAAUCAGCCAUCGUUUUUCACGACAGUCUGAAAGAUGAUGUUGUAACUGAACUUACCUCUGGACCACUUCAGACCAAACUUGCGAUGUACCUGGUUGGAAGCAGGGACAACAUCAACGACAUAUUGGCGGAGGCAUACACCACUGAGAAAGAAGACAAGAAGAACUUCCUUAUAAUAGGCAGCAUCCGCAUCAUAAGGCGCGUUCUCACAAGUGCUUCAACAAUGGACGACAGAUCGACAGGGAUCAUAUCUCUGACAUCGUGGAUUGUGGUGUUACCAGCUGCACAUCGUCAUGUCGUGCAAGACAUAUCUCCACUCCUCGAUAACGUAGUCGUUGUCAGCUAUCCAGAAAUAUUGGACACGUCAUCGUGGAAGGUCGUGUCAUCCCUCCUCUGUGACACAUUAGAACCAGCGAGACAGAACGACACAGCACUGAUAUCACACCAGAACACAACAUCAAGUCCCUGGAAUGGGACGAUACACACAUUGCUUUACAAGGACGAGGGUCGGAUGUUGAGCCUGGUUGGUCAGUUCGAUCUAACGGGGGACACCCAUUUAAAUAGGGAGUUGUUUCCUAACCUAAACACGGGAUUUAAUGGACGUCUACUCACAGUCUCAACUAAGGAGUACGCCCCCUUUGUGCGAAAACUACGAAAUGGUUCCAAUGUCGAUUUGGUCGGACUGUGCGUAGAUCUCCUUUCGAAUGUUGCUGAAGCACUAAAUUUCACGUACAGACUCACAGAGCCCCCGGACGGUGAGUGGGGGACCUUUCAGAACGAUUCCUGGAAUGGGCUGAUCAGACAAGUACAAUUCAAGGAGGUGGACAUGGUUUUGGCCCCACUGACCGUUCGAGAAGAUCGAGAAGCUGUGAUGGAUUUCACGUACCCAUACUUCCACGAUGCUGCAGGCGCCAUCUUUAAAAGACCCGGAUUGAGACGCUGGGCGACGCUACUGAAACCCCUCAAGUGGGAAGUUUUGGUGUGUCUCGGGACAGUUGUUGCUGGUUUGACACUGCUGUUAUAUGUAAUGGAGAACGAAAGAAGGAAACACAUAGCUAAACGUCAACAGAGAAAAGAAGACGAUCGGGUUGCAGAAGACUCAUUUUGGUAUAUAUGGGGAAUAUUUCUGAAGAACGGAAGCCACGACCAGCCGAUGACAAUCAGUGGCAGAGUCCUGGUGUCAUUUCUCUCUUUGUUCUGCAUCGUGGUGUCAGCUGCCUACAGCGGGAACCUCAUAGCGUUCCUGACCAUAUCUCGGGAGACCGUGCCUUUCAGGACUUCCCGGGAGAUGGCUGAACAGAGCCAGUAUAGAUGGGGGACAAUUAACGGUAGUUUAUGGCAGCUGCAGAUAGCGAAUUCGAACCAGAGCGACUUUCAGAAGCUGUGGCAGGGUAUCAGAACAUUCAGCGAGUCUGACCCGGAAGUUCUCGCACCAUCCUCCAAGAUCCACAAGAAGAAGGUGGAAGGUGGCAACUAUGUGUUCUUCUCUGAUAGGUCUGUGAUGGAAAUAUGGGCUCAGGAGAACUGUCAACUUACACUACUGGAGGAGACAUUCAGACAGAUUACCUACGGCAUGGGUCUCCCCAACCACUCCCCCUACCGCGACGUGUUUUCCAAUGUUCUGAUGAAGUUCGAAAAGGCGGGACUCCUUAGUUUGUUGAGAAGAAAGUGGUGGCCAGGUGAUGAGCACUGUGAAGACAACGUGAAAGUGAACACCCGUGUUGUCGAGUUAGAAGACUUACAGAGUGCAUUUUAUGUGCUCCUCAUUGGACUCUUCCUGGCAUUUCUUAUUUUGGUUCUGGAAAAUUUUCGGGUCAUUAUUGUGGAAAUGAAUAAAAGGUUAUCGUUGAAAAUGAACAUCAAACAGAAGACCCGUUUUAAAUCAUGAAAACGACAAUGUGGAUGUAUUAGUGUACUCAGCAUUGUUAAAUAGGCCCAAUGAACCAACCAACAAUAGGCGUGUGGCCUGAAAUGAACCUAAUCAGCUGUGUUUAUGACCUGUGCCCGACAAAGAACCUAUUCAACAGUGCUGAAGACAACGAGAAGAAGAAAUGUAGUUAUUUAAGCAGCUCUAAAACUGUGUUCUCUGUGAACACUACUUCUGAAUGAUUUCUUAAACAGAAUAUUACUCGUAAUCAUAACGCAAAGAGGCGCUACUUCGUGAAGUAACUGUUGCGGCCUGUGUGUGUUCCUCGUGUUUCGCUAUGAUGCAAUGUGUAUAUAUACUUAGGGACUAAUAUCUGACGAAUAUUCAAACAUAUGUCAACGUACUUUUUCACUCGAAACAUCCAGGAUGAUGGUACAACACAUUUUGAUAUACAUGUAAUUGACCUUUUUUAUCAAUCGUGUCCGUUUUGUAAUGGUAAUUUCCUCUGGUAUACGGUAAUACUGCAAAUGGAUUAGUAAUAGUGGUGAUGUAAUUUUAGAGAGUGUUUACUUUCAUGUAACAAAUGUUAUAUUUGGGAUAACACUUUCUGAGUAAAGUACAGAUUCUCGUACUUUAGUCAGCGAUAUAACCCACUCAACCAACUCUUUCAUGCUUCACAUGUAUGCUGCUUUGAAGCAUCAUAAAAUAUCACAUACAUGCAUAUAUGAAUGAGUGACUUUGGUCAGAAUGUUUUUAUUAUAUAUGUCAGCUCGGGAUGGGAAGGAGGCCCACAGUGUCAAAGAUAAUAGACAUUAGAUCUUCGGAUAACAUUACUUUUCAAAACAUUUGAACAUGUAUGUAUAUGAAAUAUAAGAGGUGUACAAAAUAAGAUGACACGACUCUAUAUUGAAAUCAUUGUACAUGUGUGUAACUCCAAAAUAUAAUUCGAAUGUAUUAAUACCUUUAUUUUGAGUCAAUUUGCUGUGUAUAAUUAAGAUAUCUACUUAAUCGACAACUGGAUUUAUCGAUCAUCUCUCCUGAUAAUUUGGACGAUCCGAACAUAUGCCAUUCAAUAACUUUUUUAGCAACUAUACCAGCUGUAUCACACAUUGUGCAACACGUUGUGUAAAAACAUCUCUUUCUGUCAGAGCUACUUGUGGUCGCAGGAACGCAGUACU